AUGUACAAGGCAGUCAUCCUGCCGACGCUGCUGUAUGGAGCGGAGACUUGGACGGUGUACACAAAGCCGGCACGUCGACUGAACCACUUUCACCUCAGUUGUCUCCGUCGCAUCCUCAAGCUGAACUGGCAGGAUCGAAUCCCCCACACUGAUGUGCUGGAACGGACGGGAAUCCUCAGCAUCUACGCCAUACUGAGACAAAUGCAGCUGCGCUGGAGCGGCCACCUGGUGCACAUGGACGACGAGCGACUACCCAAACGACUCUUCUACGGAGACGUCGCGACGGGUUCUCGCCGUCAAGGAGGCCGAAUUCGUCGAUACAAGGAUACUCUGAAGUUCUCACUGAAGCGUCUGCAAAUCAACCCGACGAACUGGGAAGAGCUCGCCCGCGAUCGUCGGAUAUGGAGUAGAACAGUGAAGACAAGCGCUUCUAUCCACGAAUCCAACCGCAUUGCCGCCGCCAAAGCGAAACGCGAAGCCUGCAAAUCCCAACUUCGCCCAGUCCGCAACGCCGUCGCACAACCGCUUCCAACGUGUUCUCGAUGUCAACAGACAUUCCGGGCUCGAAUCGGCCUCGAUGAACAUCUUCGGAUCAACUGUACCUCUCGAACUGCGCCAACCAUCGUCCCCCCGCCCCCCUCUUCCUCGUCCUCUCUGCCGCCCACUAGCUCUGACAAUUCUUCUGUACCACCCCUUCCAUCCUCCUCCUCCUCCUCCUCCUCCUCCUCCACUGCCCCAACGGCGGCCGCUCAGGCGGCCGCUCAGGCGGCCGUCUCGCACAUCAAUCCCGACACAACAACCGACACCAACCCCGACUCUCCUGACUCCAGCAAUGAGGAUCAGGACUACACCUGCCCUCACUGCGAUUGCACCUUCACCUCACGCAUCGGGCUGGUCGGUCACUUGCGAAUCCAUCGCACAGAGGCUGGUGAAACAGUGCCUGAAGCACCAACCUAUACCCACCAAGCUCGUCUUAACUGCCCACACUGCCGAGACUAUCCCGACACGUCAAGCGUCGUGGAUAGGAAGGUUGCUGAUUGA